AUGACCUUGCAGGUCUUGGAGGAUGUCAUCAGCGACGAUUCGUCCUAUUACGCCAAUGGAAACCUUCGGCUGCCCUAUGUUGCGAGAAUUUUUAUGGAAAUGAAGGACACGAUUCGCAGUUUGGAGGGGAACGGAGGGACUUCGGGAGAAUACUGCGAGCUGCUUCGAGCGUACAAGGAGGUGCUCGAGCGGGAUCGCAUCAAGGACGAUCCAAACUGUUGUGUGCUGCACGACAUGCUCCAGAACCGGCUGGACCAGAUGGAGGCGCGUCUCCGUGCAUCAGCCAGUCAAGACGGCAAGGGAAAGGCGCCGUUGAGGGCGGCGCUGCCCUUCGUUUUCGACAAGUUCGUGAUAGUGAGGUGUGGAGUGCCCCGAAGUAAGGACAAUGCCGGGCCGUCCAAACGUGCUCGCUGCGACUCUGGUGCUAGCGGAGGCAGCAAGUCCGAUGGGCGUCCGCAACGGAAGAAGGGACGCGGGCCGUCGAGGGUAACCUCAGACGGAUUCAUUCCGGAGGUGAGAAGGCUGUCUGUCGACGAGACUGAGGGCCAGGGCGGCAACAGUUUCGAAGGCGCGUUAGCGGAGUUCGUUGACGUGAAGAUGAACAUCCUUGGAACGAUUGAGGGAGACGGUGGAGGUGAGACGGACAAUGUGCAAGACACGACCGCAGAUGCCACCGUCAAUGCCGCCGCCACCGCUACCGACCGUGAUCUCAAUGACGAAGACGAAAAUGAGGAGGAGUCUGACGGCGAACCUGGUCACGACGCCGACGCCGACGUGGAAGGGCAAGGAUCGGACGACUCGCCCCUCGUCGCUUCGGCCGCACGACGUGCGAUUGCGCACGUCAAGAUCCUCACCCAUGAAUUGGACUGCCUCAAAGCCAAAGAGAAUGUAGUGUACGACGCGUUCGAGGAGCUUCAAACCUGCGUCUCGAGAUGUCUCCAAAAUAGGCAACGCACGUACAAAAAGAACUAUGUGCGGGUCCAAAAGUUGAUGAACUUGCAGAAGUUCGAGGCCGUCGCAGAGGCUGUGACCGCGGCGGAAUUGGGCACGGACUUCUCGAGCGUUGUGUUUUACCUAUGGAAUGUUUUUCAAAACACAAUAGAGCGGCAGGAGCGCAUCCUCCAGCUCAUGAACGGUUUUGGUGAUGUUGUCCUUCCAGACAAGUCGACCUUUCCCGCACAGGCGGCCACUGCGUUCGCCGAGCGCGUCGCCUUCCGAUCGCUGUGCGAUGUUACGGAGCGCGCGGGCGUCACCUGGGGCACGCGCCCGGAGGAGGCGUGUGAUAACCGUGCGCUCAAGGAGACUCGGUUCGAGUGGGUGGACCCGCUGCCGGAGCGUCUGCGCACUGGCAUUGUGGCGGACAGACAAGUGCCGCUCAAGCGGGUGGGUGUCUUCCUUUGGCCAAAGUAUGGAUCUGAAGUGCCAUAUUUUUCUACGAUUCAGACGUUCCGGGAAGAACGCCUUGGUCUGACGCGGUGCGGACAUCGCGAGGUCAAGGCCACGGAGCCUUAUACCUCAGAGCGGGACCGGAUCUCUUCACUCGUAAUUGCCCGAGGUCCAAGCGCGAAUACUCCUUUCUUGUUCCGUGCACGCGUGGUUCUUGUUUGA